AUGACACUGUCUAACCAAAACUCAAAGUUCCAUAGGGACACACAAUCAUCAAAUGACGAGUAUCCCACCGUUGCAAAUAGAAACCCCGGCUCACCAUCGUUGAGGCUGCCUACAGCUUCUUUCUCUUCACCAAGACUUGGAAGUGGAACCGGCACGGGGGCUGGAGAUCCCAGGAUACUCCACCCAGAUGCAACCCACCUCCAUUCCAAUUCUAACUCUAAUUCGCAAACCAAUCUUAGCACAUUUGGACGCCACAAUUCACAAACGUCUCACAAUGCAAAUGAUUCUGCCUCGUCCUUGGCCAAUUUGUCACCACAGGAAAGCUAUGAUGAUCACAUUUCACAGUUGAACACUACUAGCAACUCAAAAACAAUAGACUUGAAGACUAUUAGUAAACACUUGGUUAGCCCCGAGGAAAGUUUGAAACAACAGGGUGGCGAUAUCACUCGUCGAUUAUACCAUCAAAUGGAAAACGUUUCUGACUCUCCUGGUUUAGAGAAUGCAGAAGGCUCACUACAUGGCGUUGGCGGGACCAAUAUAGGAAACCCAAAACGACGUGCAAGGAGCACCUCGUUUUCAUACUUGGAAGAAGCAAGAAGAGGCUCAACCGCAAGUGAUAUAAAUGUGCCUGGUGGAUUUCGUCGAGAGUUUAUUAUUCAAAAGUCCUUGAAGAAGAACCAGCCACCUCCAAACUUUCUUACCCUGAACUUUAUGGAGUUCCUUAGUAUAUACGGCCAUUUUGCUGGUGAAGAUCUUAAUGAUGACGACGAUGACGAUGAUGACACAGAGGGGAAACGUGGUGGUGGCGGUGGUGAUGAUUACAAUGAUGAUGAUGAUGGCAAUAAUAAUGAUUAUGAAGAUGUGUUUGAUGAGGAUUCAAGCUUGCUUUCAUCAACAGGCACGAGUGCCGUGGGAGGAGGGGAAAGAAGAAGCUAUGGCGCAGUUCACCACCUUCCAAGACAAUUGCCACCACGGGUCAAAGCACCACCGAAGGGAACUGCAACUGUUGCAAAAACAUUCUUUUUGGUAUUUAAAGCGUUGGUUGGCUCGGGUGUUCUUUUUUUACCAAAGGCCUUCUACAAUGGUGGAUUGCUCUUUUCCAUCAUUACGCUAUCUGUAUUUGGAUUCGUCACUUUUUUUUGCUACAUAAUAUUAAUCCAAUCAAAGCAAGUACUCAAGCUAACCUCUUUUGGUGAGUUGGGGUUCAAAACAUAUGGUAAACCAUUGAAAUACUCCAUUUUGAUCUCGAUUCUUCUCAGUCAAAUUGGGUUUGUGGCGACUUACAUUUUAUUCACUGCAGAAAACAUGAUUGCUUUUGUUGAGCAGUUUAUUCUGACUAGACCGCAAUGGCUCAAUCGUGCAAACGUUGUUGUCAUACAAUGUUUAUUAUUGAUUCCCUUGGUCUUGAUUAGAAACUUGACUAAACUAUCUGUUGUUUCACUCAUCUCCUCAGGUUUUAUAGUUGUUGGGUUAUUGAUCAUCUUUUGGUUUUCUGGAUUGAAAAUAUAUUUUGAAGGUGUUGGACCCAACAUUCAAAGCUUUAAUCCAAAUAGUUGGACGAUGUUGAUUGGCGUUGCUGUAACAGCAUUUGAAGGUAUAGGAUUGAUCCUUCCAAUCGAGGCAUCAAUGGCCGAACCUGAAAAAUUCCCCAUGGUCCUCUCUGUUAGUAUGACGGUGAUCACCUCGAUCUUUGUUGCCAUUGGUGCAAUUGGAUACACUGCUUUUGGCGACAAGGUUAAGACUAUCGUUAUCUUGAACCUUCCGCAAGAUAACAUUGCCGUACAAUCAAUACUACUCUUGUAUUCAGUUGCUGUAUUCUUAUCGGCACCAUUGCAACUCUUCCCAGCUAUCAAGAUUGGCGAGUCGGUAUUGUUUAGGCAUCCAGGCAAGGGUAAACAUCCACGCGGUUCCGGUGGCAACACAUCUUCAGAAGGUAAACUAUACCAUCACUCGGGUAAAUAUAAUCCCCAAGUCAAAUGGCUCAAAAAUUUGUUCAGAGCUCUCGCAGUGGUCCUCAUCAGUUCGAUUGCAUAUUUAAAUGCAGAUAACAUUGACAAGUUUGUGUCGUUUAAUGGGUGUUUUGCUUGUAUACCAUUAGUAUACAUAUAUCCACCUAUGAUUCAUUUGAGAUCGAUGAAAAAGAAGGAACAUUAUACCGUAGCUGACCAUUGGUUACCGUUUUGUGAUUAUCUUCUUAUCGUCGCAGGUAUAAGCAUUGUUCUCUACUCAAGUUACCAAAUCAUAUACUUAAAUUAG